AUCGAAUCCGGCGCCCAUUGAUGAUGCACUGGUGGCGCGCCGGAAGUGCGAGCCAUCGACGACUCUGCGAUGGCGGCUACCUCUGCUCGCUGGAACCAUGUGUGGGUUGGCACCGACACUGGAAUCCUGAAAGGGGUGAACCUUCAGCGGAAACACGCUGCAAACUUCACGCCAUCCGGACAGCCGCGGCGUGAGGAGGCAGUGAAUGCUCUGUGCUGGGGUAGAGGCGGCGAAACCCAGAUCUUGGUGGGCUGCGCGGACAGGACAGUGAGGCACUUUAAUGCCGAGGAGGGUACAUUCCAGAGCCAGAGAUACUGCCCAGGCGGGGAGGGCACGUUCCGAGGUCUCGCCCAGGCGGAUGGCACCCUUAUCACAUGUGUGGAUUCUGGGAUCCUCAGAGUCUGGCGUGACAAUGACAAGGAAGCAUCCUCUGAUCCACUCUUGGAACUGAAGGUGGGUCCUGGGGUGUGUAGGAUGCGACAAGACCCUGCACACACCCACAUGGUUGCUACAUGUGGGAAAGAGAAUGCUUUGAAAGUAUGGGACCUACAGGGGUCUGAGGAGCCUGUUUUCCGGGCCAAGAAUGUGCGGAACGAUUGGCUUGAUCUACGGGUUCCUAUUUGGGACCAAGAUAUACAGUUCCUCCCUGGGUCACAGAAACUUGUCACAUGCACAGGAUACCACCAGGUCCGUGUCUAUGAUCCAGUCUCCCCGCAGCGCCGGCCGGUCCUAGAGGCCACCUACGGAGAGUACCCACUGACAGCCAUGACCCUUACUCCUGAGGGCAAUUCCGUCAUCGUAGGGAACACUCACGGGCAGCUGGCAGAAAUUGAUUUUCGGCAAGGGCGUCUACUGGGCUGUCUGAAGGGGCUGGCCGGCAGUGUGCGUGGGCUGCAGUGCCACCCUUCCAAGCCCCUAUUAGCCUCGUGUGGCUUGGACAGAGUCUUGAGGAUACACAGGAUCCGCCAUCCACGUGGGCUGGAGCAUAAGGUUUAUCUCAAGUCUCAGCUGAACUGCCUUCUCCUGUCAGGCCGGGAUAACUGGGAGGAUGAGCCCCAGGAACCUCAAGAGUCCAACUUGGUGCCCUCAGAAGACACAGAGACAGAUGAACUUUGGGCAUCUUUGGAGGCAGCUGCCAAGCGGAAGCUCCCUGAUUUGGACCAGACACAAAGUGCUCUCCAAAUCAGAAGGAAGAAAAAAAAUCGGCCUGGAUCCACCAGUCCUUGAAGGACUUGAAGCCCCUUGCUUCCUUUGUUAUUAAACAGCCCAACACACACUGAGAUGCUGAACUUUUUUUUUUUAAA